AAAAGCUUGUUUCUCGACGCCCUUUACUAUGCUUUUAAAGGAAGUCUUAAAUUGAAGAAAACAUUGACACUUCUUGCUGACAAGCUCCAAGAAAUAGUUUAUGCUCUGCUGUCAUCAUGAGCCAUAGCAUCAAGCAAACAUCUUCUCUCGCGGGAGGUUUUAAGGGAAGUAACCACAGUGGCAAUGUUUCACCAAGAAUCGCAAGGCUUAUCUCUGUUAUACAACCGCAAGGAUUCAAAAAAGUCAAUCAUGAAGUCAUCAAUAAACCAAUAUCUGUCCAAGCACCAGCGACCAAAGGUACCCCCAUUAUCAAAAGCAAUCUCUUUAGUCAAAAAACUAUAUUUGGACGAAUCCACGGUACCUUUCCUAAAUUUAGCAGUGAAAAGAAGGAGAACUUGCUAACGGGCAAUGAAAAGGGGACAAUGAAGAUACUAAAUGACCGACUGGCGUCAUAUCUUGAGAAGGUCCGUUCGCUAGGCCAAGAGAAUGCACAGUUGGAAAUGAAGAUCAGAGACUGGUAUGACACACAUAAACCCCAGUUGUUACCUGAUUUCAGUUUCUAUUUUGCAACAAUUCAAGAGCUCCAGAUGAAGAUAUUAGAAUCAGCUGGCGAGAAUACACGGACUGCUCGUAGGGUAGAUAAUGCGCGACUGGCUGCAAGCGAUUUUCUAAAUAAGUAUGAAAUGGAGAAGAAAUUAAGGAAGGAUAUUGAGCAAGACGUGAAUAAUCUGCACGAAGAACUGAACGAUCUCCAAAUAGAUAUUCAACACCUCGAGAAACAAAGUCAGGAACAUGAACAAGAUUUGCUAGGGAUGAAGAAGAGAAACGAGGAUGUGGUGAAGAAUCUAUAUGGUCAGGUCGGAGCCCGAAUCAAUGUGGAAUUAGAAAUGACUCCAGCUGUGGAACUGAAUAAGCUCUUGUCUGACGUACGAGAACAGUACGAACAACUUAUGGAGAACAACAAAACAGAGGCUGAAAAAUGGUUUAUUGAAAAGAGUUCGCAACUUCAAAGUGAGACUGGUAACGACUCAUCUGAACAUAUAUCAACACUCCAUAAUGAGAUCAUUGAACUGAAAAGGAUUGUUCAGACCUUGGAGAUAGACAGACAGAGUCAAAUGAGCAUGAAUUCAGCCCUGGAAAACACCUUGACAGAGAAAGAAGCCAGUUACAGUUCCCAGUUGUCACAGAUACAAGGCACGAUACAUGACGUAGAAGACACACUUACACAGAUACGAGACAAGCAGAAACAACAGAGCUACGACUACAAAGUUUUACGAGAUGUGACAAUGCAUUUGGAGAGAGAAAUCACCACCUAUUGGAGUCUUCUGGAUAAACUGGACAUCCAUGUUCCAAGACCACCAUUACCUGAUAAUAUAGAAGUUUUUCCAAAAGGAGUCAAAGUUCUAUCGAUCACGGAAGAGAUGGAAAGCAGAAAAAUCCUUUCUCCGCGAGACAAAUUUUAAAUCUAAAUGUUUUUGCUGAGUAGCGCUAGUGGGCAUAAAAAUUCACAAGUUCUACGGACCAGAACUUCUCAUGUCAGCUUUCCAGGAAAUUGUGUUUACAAUUACAUCUAACUGGCUUGUGAAAUAUAAGGGUAUUUAUUAAUCAUGCAGGCUGAGCCAUAAUAUAAUCAUAACUCAAUACCCUAUCAUAAAAGUGAACUACCUUCUUCAGAAGUUCAUCUUUGCAUUCUUUAAGUAUCAUAUAUUGUAUCAUUCAUUAUUUUCUGAAUUAGUUAAAUUAUUUUCAAUUACCAUAUUAUGAUUAUUAUUUUUAUUAUUAUUAAUACUACUUAUUAGACAUGUGCAAACUUUUAAGUGAUUCACAUGAAAUAAAUGCUAAUUGUAAAUGUCGAACAAAUCAAUCCUGAAAUUGGUUUGUUCGUAAACAAACCAAAUAGAGUUUUAGAAUCGAUUUAUUCAACAAGUACCAGGCACCUUAGUAGUUAAUUUUUGCACGCCUACUAUUUAGAAACUACCUUAAUAUAUUACAUAAUUAAAUCUCACGUGCAUUAUUCUAUAUGAUUCAAAGUUACCAUGGUAAGAAUUAACAUUUUGAUUUGUCAAAUAUGAUUUAAUCAAUACAAUAAUUACUAUAUUAUUUAAUUAUAUAUUCAAUAUAAAACAUUUUGCAAUAAUGCUACAAAAUAGCCCACGGUCAUGUAUUGUGGCCAAAAGAACUCAUUCUUAGGACUGGGGAAAAUUACUAAAAAUACUGAAAUUUUAGAUGCAGAAACAUACUAAAUUUCAUCACGUUGAUUUUUCUUUCUUCUAGGCAUUUUAUCUGCUAUCAGUCCUGCAGAAUUUAUAUUGAAAUUAGUUUAUUUUUUUUAUUCUAUAAGUUCUGGGUGAAAUCUUAAAACAAAGAUAAAGAAAAUGUUGUCCCAGUCCUACCUUUGAGCCCCACAGGGGAGGGAUUGGUGUUAAGUCAGAGAUGACGGCAGAGUACAGAAAUUUGCUCACUUAUUUUCCACAAUGUGACGGCAAACUGGGUGCCGAUUAAACAACAUUUAUGAUUGAGAUGGAAUAUG